CACCGCACCACACCGCUCUUGCAUUAUUUUUUUCAUUCAGUCCCUUUUUUUUCUUUUUCAUUUCAAGAGAUACAAAGGUACCUCUCUCUCGCUCUCAGUUUUCGUUUCUCCAAUUUCCAUCUCUUCUUUCCACUGCGGUUCCGUUUUCUUUUCUUUCGGCAACAGGCAUUUGAAUAAUCAGCACGAUGGUUUCCUUUGAAAUGAGCGAUCGAAAGAAAAUUGGGCUAGGAUUAACGGGAUUUGGUGUAUUUUUCUCAUUUAUGGGAAUUGUAUUCUUUUUCGACAAGGGACUGCUUGCCAUGGGAAAUAUCCUUUUCAUAUCAGGAGUGACCUUAACCAUUGGCCUGAAAUCCACUAUGCAAUUUUUCCUGAAGCGACAAAAUUUUAAGGGAACAGUUUCGUUCUUUGUUGGCUUCUUUUUUGUUGUCAUUGGGUGGCCUAUCCUUGGCAUGAUAUUGGAGGCAUAUGGAUUUAUUGUACUCUUCAGUGGCUUUUGGCCAACACUGGCAGUGUUUAUACAGAGGAUACCUAUUCUUGGUUGGCUUUUCCAGCAACCAUUUAUCCGAACGUGGUUAGACCGAAACCAGGGCAAGCGUGUACCUGUGUAAUCCCCACAUACAAGAGGAAUUGGAACAAAUGGUAGGGUAGUUCACUUGUAAGUCUUUGUAGAAAACUGCUUUGAAGAAGACUGAUCUGUGUUUUUUUUCAUGUCUUGUUGAUACGGUGAUGUCAAAAUUCUUGUUAUACGAGUUAGGGAAUUUUUUUUUGAUCAAAGAAUAGAAAGAAAAAGAAAAGAAAAACAGAAGUAAAUGCACUAA